AUGGUAGGCGCAGCUGACGCCCGAAAGGAUGCCAUCGACGCCCUCAACUCGCUGCAGACGCCCCAUGAGGUGAUUGAAGCGAGACGCAAGGCUGGCAUCAAGCCCGAUGCCGGCUCGAUGCGAGAGAUGCGGGCAUAUCUGAGCCGCAUCGGUUACUCGCCGCUGGAUCUGGAUCGGCUCAACAUGAUCCACGUCGCCGGCACCAAAGGCAAAGGCAGCACAUGUGCCUUUGUCGACUCGAUCCUCUCGCAGUACCGCCUCUGCAGCGGCAGCGGCAGCGGCAGCAUCCGCAGCAAAGCCUCGCCCCGCAAGACCGGGCUCUUCAUCUCGCCCCAUCUCGUCGCCGUGCGCGAGCGCAUCCGCAUCGACUCGAUGCCCAUCUCCAAGGCACUCUUCGCCAAGUACUUCUUCCAAGUCUGGGAUCGUCUCGGCGACUCGACCGCCGCCCCGGACGGCGCGCCCCUGGGAACGAGGCCGCUCUAUGGACGCUACUUGACCUUGAUGAGCUGGCAUGUCUUCCUGCAGGAGGGCGUGGAUGUGGCCGUCUACGAGACUGGCAUCGGCGGAGAGUACGACGCGACAAAUUUGGUCGAGAUGCCCCUCGUGUCCGGCAUCAGCACCCUCGGCAUCGACCACGUCUUCGUCCUCGGGGACACGGUCGAAAAAAUCGCCUGGCACAAGGCCGGCAUCAUGAAGCAUGGCAGCCCGGCCUUUACCGUCACCCAAGACGCGGGCGCCGCGGCCGUCCUGCGCCGACGAGCGGUCGAAAAAGACGUCAAGUUGACCGUGCUCGACGUCGACGCGCGACUGGAUGGCGUUCGCAUCAGGCCCGACGCGCCCUUUCAGAAGAAGAACGCGACGCUCGCCGUUGCCCUGGCCGAAACGGCUCUGCAGAAGCUCGGCGUGGCGACGACUCAGGGACCGAACCUGCCGCGGGAGUUUGUUGACGGGCUGGAGAAGACGGUGUUCAGGGGUCGGUGCGAGGUCAAGACGGAAGACAAGGUGACGUGGUACGUUGACGGGGCUCAUACGUCUGACAGCCUCAAGAUGUCCUCACGCUGGUUCGCCGAUGAGACGGCCGACAUCCCUGGUCCGAGAGUCCUCAUCUUCAACCAGCAGGGCCGCACCGAAGCCGUCGAAUUUCUCGCCUCGAUCCAUGCCAACGUUGCCCGUUCCCCUGGCCAGUCGCCCUUUGACCACGUCGUCUUCUGCACCAACGUCACCUACGCCGAGACGGGGUACAAGCGAGACUUUGUCAACAACCAAAUCGACCCCAAGGAGAUUGGAGAGAUGACGGUGCAACGCCGUUUCGCCGAUCGGUGGGCUGCGCUGGAUCCCGCGGCCAAGGUCGUCGUCUUGCCGACCAUCGAGGACGCGCUGGCGUACGGCAGGCGUCUGGCCGACGGACGGCAAGCGGGAGAAAAGGUGCAGGCGUACGUGACGGGCAGCCUGCACCUCGUCGGCGGCGCACUAGAGAUUCUGGAUCAAGCAGACGCAUUGUAG